AUGGAUUUAUUUAUGAAAAACAUAGCUGGUGAUUGUUUGCAUGGUUCUCAUCGAUAUGCUCUCUAUGAAAGUUAUGGAUUAAGUUGUUCAAAUAUUCAAUUCAUUUAUAUUGUCUCAUACACAUCUUCAUUAGUUAUUGGUACAUUUGCUGCUUCACUUGCUGAUUUAUAUGGACGUCGACUAGGAUGUUUACUUAGUAAUGUUGUCUUUAUUCUAAUGAGUAUUUUAAUGCGUUUUCUUGAUGAUACAUUACUAAAACGAAUACUUCGGGAUGCUAAUAUUGGCUUAUCAUUUAUUUCAAUAGGAGCAGGUGUUUCUGCUCAAUUUUUAGUAAAACAGAGUAAUUAUGCGAAAUUUUGGUCAGAAAACUAUGGAAAUAAAGAUGCAAAAGCAACAUAG